AUGGAAAAUCUGCACCUCUUGACCGCCACUCAAGUGCGGGAUAUGCUCCAAAAUAACACUAUCACAGUUGAAGAGUACGCCCGUUCUCUCUUGGGACGCAUCGAGGAGCGGAAUGACACUGUCAAAGCGUGGGCAUUUCUAGGUAUGCCAACACAGCCUGGCUUUCCCACAUGUGGGGGACCUCAGGCAGGCCAGGAUCAAGUUGCAAUUCUACGAGCUGCAGGGGCUCUCAUCAUCGGCAGGACUACCCCGACGGAGUUCCCCGUAGCAAACUCAGGAUCAGACACCGCUAAUCCCCAUGAUCCCACUCGUACCCCAGGUGGUUCCUCGUGCGGGUCUGCCGCAGCGGUAGCCGACUACCAAGUCCCGCUCAGCCUUGGAGGACAGAUUGCUGGUGGUAUUAUUCGCCCCGCAGCUUUCACUGGAGUCUUUGCUAUGAAGCCAACCUACCUCGGGUUUCCAAUGGAAGGGCCAAAGGGAGACGCACCUACAGUUGACGCCCAUGAGUUCUUUGCUUAUAUUGAUGCCCUGGGGUUCUUUGCUCGUAGCGUUGAAGAUCUACAGCUACUUGCCGAUGUUUUUCAUAUCCUAGAUGGUAGUGUAGUGAUCCCAGACGGUGGUCUCCUUACACGUAUCCCAGAUGGUGGUGCCCCUACACAUAUCCCGCUGAAAGGGCUGGAAGGGCUCUCGGUUGCUUUGUUGAAGACUCCAAUGUGGCCUCAGGCUGGACCUAGCACUGCAGCAGCCAUGGACAAGGCCGCCGCUAUUCUCCGAAACAGGGGUGCACAGGUUGCAGAAGUCUCGCUCCCACCCGAGGCCAAGGACCUGGUUGGUCUGGACAGAGUGCAGAAAGUGGUCGUCAGUGGCAAAGCGCACAUAUCCAGGACCAUUAACCGUCGAGCAUGCAGACGCGACGAGGAAAUCCGAAGCCUAGUCGAAAUUGACGACAACUACACCGAGAAGGAGAGGAUGAAAGUUUUCGAUACAUACGCUAGAAUGCGCGACUUUAUCAGGAAAGGUCUAGUAGGCAAGGCAAGUGUCGACGCGGAAAAUGGAGGCCUUGACGCCAAGUACACCAGGAAGGAGAAGAAGCAGAGGAUGAAAGUCUUUGAUACAUACGCUAAAAUGCGCGCCAUGGUGAGGAAGCUAGCUGAGGACUACUCAGUCAUUCUUGCGCCUAGUGCUGUGGACGAAGCACCCCUCGGACUUGGAGAUGUGGGAACUGCAACUUUCAAUACUCUGUGGGCGGCAAGUCUUUUCUUUUCUUUGCAUUGGUAUUUGUUUCAUCUUUCACUAACUCCACAACAGGGAUUCCAAAUGCCAGUCGUUCAGAUACCUGCGUUCGUAGGUGUGAAUGGCAUGCCUGUCGGCAUAUCUCUUGUGGCCCCCAGCUUUCAUGAUUAUCGUCUCUUGAGGGUCAGCAAGAUGCUCGGUGAGGCUUUGAUGGCUGAAGGUGAUUGGAAGCUGUAG